AUGGCCAGCUGCUGGUAUGCCGUCUUCUGUGCCAUCCUUGGCCUCUGCCUCGGGCAAUACACACCAGAUCUUGUCUCUUCUCUGCCAGGAUUGUCUGAAGUCCCAGCCUUCCGACAAUGGUCAGGCUACCUCCCAGCAGGCCCUGGCCAGUAUUUCCAUUACUGGUUUGUGGAGUCUCAGGGCAACCCUGCUGCUGACCCCGUGGUGCUCUGGCUGAAUGGGGGUCCUGGUUGCAGCUCGAUGGAGGGCUUUCUGGCUGAGAACGGACCUUUCCAUCUGCAUGACAAUGGCACGCUCUACUUGAACCCCGACAGCUGGAACAAGGUGGCCAACAUGCUUUACGUGGAGUCUCCUGGUGGAGUGGGCUACUCCUAUACCACAGGCUAUGGAAAUCCUGUCAGCGACAGCCAGGUUGCUGAAGAGAACUACCAAGCUCUCCAGAGCUUCUUUACCAAAUUUCCAGAUUUUGCUCAGAAUGACUUUUAUGUGUUUGGGGAGAGCUAUGGUGGAAUCUAUGUUCCCACUCUGACUGCCAAGAUUGUGGAGGGGUCAGCAGCCAUCAAUCUGAAGGGAUUUGGGGUUGGCAACGGCAUGAGCAGCUAUUCCCUCAAUGAUCAGACCCUGAUGGAAUUUGCCUACUCGCAUGGAGUGCUGGGAGAAGACCUGUGGUCCUCUCUUGUGGAAAGCUGCUGCACUAGAGGAAACUGCAAUUACGCCAGCAAUGACAACAGGGACUGCAUUACAGCAAUAUCAAAAGCAUACCAGCUUAUUUCUGGAACUGGCCUCAACAUGUACAAUCUUUAUGCUUCUUGCUGGGGAGGUGCACUCUACCAGAGCCGCUAUGAAGCCGACCUGGCCAACCUCUUCCGUCACUAUCAGUUCAAUGUCCCAGUGCCGAACAUUGGCUCUAUCCCAGGAGUGCCCAAAUGCAUAAAUGCCACUGCCAUGUAUGUCUGGCUGAAUCGAGAUGACGUCCGGCAGGCCCUUCACAUCCCCCACUCUCUGCCAGACUGGGAGCUUUGCAGCUCACAGAUAUCUGCUACCUACCAAAGACAAUAUACGGAUAUGGCUCCCUUCUACAAGUUGUUAUUGACACAAAAUCUUCGUGCACUGGUUUAUAAUGGUGAUGUGGACAUGGCAUGCAACUUUUUGGGGGGUGAAAAAUUCACUGAUGCUUUAAAUCAGCCUGUACUUAGUGAAUACCAGCCAUGGUAUUUCAAUGAUCAAGUGGCCGGAUUUUUCAAGGAAUACCAAAACAUCACAUUCCUCACUGUAAAGGGCGCCGGACACAUGGUGCCGCAGUACAAGCCCGGUCCGGCCCUGGAGAUGUUCCGCCGCUUCCUCGGCCCAUCCAGCCACGCCUGAACCGCUCGCCGGAAGAAGUCCCCCUCCCCCCGCUCCCCAGCCAGUCAAUAAAAGGCCCCGCCCUA